UUUCUUUUUUUUUUGUAGAAGGAGCAACAAGAGUUUAGCAAAAGUGAUCGGACUACAGGCUUGUACAUCCUAUUGUUUGUGGGAUAUUUAUGGUGUAGUUCAGUCUACUUUUGUUCAUCGGGGAGAACCGAUACAAACUCCAUACACUUUGGUUUUACUUUUAUAGAACAACCCGGUUUGUUCGAGGCCGUAGUAUGGAUGAAAUACGGCCUAACAGUGGUACGCAAGCCCACGGGCUGGUGCCGCUGUUUCCUCCGGGGCUACAGGCUAUUUACGGGGAAUGUCGGCGACUUUAUCCCGAUCAGGCCAACCCGCUGCAAGUGACUGCUAUUGUUAAAUAUUGGCUUGGUGGACCAGACCCACUAGACUACAUCAGCAUGUACAGGAACAUGGGCUGUCCAGCUCAGGACGUGCAGGAACACUGGCACUAUGUAAGCUUUGGACUCAGUGACCUGUAUGGAGAUAACCGGGUUCAUGAAUUUACAGGGGUGGAUGGACCCAGCGGAUUUGGGUUUGAGCUCACCUUCAGGCUCAAGAGAGAGGAGGGAGAGACAGCACCUCCAACCUGGCCAGCAGAACUCAUGCAAGGCUUGGCUCGCUAUGUCUUUCAGUCAGAAAACACAUUUUGUAGCGGUGACCACGUGUCAUGGCACAGUCCACUGGACAACAGUGAGUCUCGCAUUCAGCACAUGUUGCUUACUGAAGACCCACAGAUGCACCCAAUCCAGACACCGUUUGGUACUCUGAGCUUUCUCCAGAUUGUGGGCGUGUGUGCAGAAGAGCUGCAGGCGGCCCAGCAGUGGAACGGACAGGGCAUCCUGGAGCUGAUGCGUGGAAUCAGAAUAGCUGGUGGCCCCUGGCUUAUCACUGAUAUGAGGAGAGGGGAGACCAUUUUUGAAAUUGAUCCACACCUACAACAGGAGAGAGUGGAUCAGGGUAUUGAAACCGAGGGCUCUAACCUAAGCGGAGUCAGCGCCAAGUGUGUGUGGGAUGAUCUGAGCCGACCCCCAGACGAUGAGGAGGACAGCCGAUCUAUCUGCAUCGGAUCACAGCCUCGCAGGCUCUCAAACAAGGACACAGAACAGAUCAGAGAGACCCUGAGGAAAGGGCUGGAGUUUAACAGCAAGACGGCCUUACCACCCAUCAGCGGCCAGAAACAGAACCACGACAGAGCUCAAAGUCGAAAGGACAGUUUGGACAGUGAAAGUUCAGCAGCCAUCGUUCCUCAUGAGUUGGUUCGAACUCGCCAGCUAGAGAGUGUCCAUCUGAAAUUCAACCAGGAGUCCGGCACGCUGCUGCCCCUCUGUCUGCGGGGCAGGUUACUCCAUGGGAGGCACUUCACUUAUAAAAGCAUCAACGGAGACACGGCUAUCACGUUUGUGUCCAUGGGGGUCGAAGGAGCUUUCGCUACUGAAGAGCAUCCCUACGCAGCGCAUGGCCCCUGGCUUCAGAUAUUGCUGACUGAGGAAUUUGUUGAGCAGAUGCUGGGGGAUUUACAUGAGCUUGGCUCACAAGAUGAGGCAAAAUUACCCAAGGAAUACAGCUGGCCAGAGAAGAAGCUGAAGAUUUCCAUCCUGCCAGACUCUGUGUUUGACAAUCCGUUGCAAUGAGACAGAGAAAAUAACAUGCAAAGCAUUUUUAAAAGGCGUCACCGUGAACAGCAGAGCUCCCGGAGCGUGCCAAGAAUCGAGCAGUAAAAAGGGGGUACAGAUAUGUUAUCCACAGAAGCCUGCUUCACUCCAAUGGACAGUCCCCGGGGAUUAGCUACACAUAUCUGACUGUUACUGUGUUCUCAGACCAGAUCUGCUAUUUACGAUCUUUCUCUGAGGCUCCAAUACCUUUUUUUAAGAUUAUCAACCCAGCUUCAAACCAGCUGGUUCAGAUGGUUGUUCUGUGAGAUCUUUGCUGUGAGGCAAACAGGAUGCUUGUAAUGCUCCAAAUAAAACCCUAAAGCAUACAUCACCAAUGCAGCAGAGCAUGCGUUCUCGAUCAUCAGAUACUGGGUCUGAAGCAACAACUGGGUUACACUACUAUUUAUUCCAGUGGCCUUAGAAAAGGGACUAAAAGUGACAAACCAGUUAUCAGUGUUGUUUCCAGUUACUCCUUGUUUUUAUAGUAUUUACAAAUGCUGGACAUUUUUCUUUUAUGUGUUUGUGUUCACACCAAAGUUUUUGACUGCCUGUACUGUCUGUGUCUCAGAUCCUUCGAAUCUCCCUGGCAAAGACUACCUUAGCAAAGCCGCAAGCUUUGGUUUCUCAUGCUGCUGUUGUAUCUGCCUUCACUUCCCUGUGCCAAGAACCUAACCUACACAGGGUGACGUUAUAGCAUUUAUUUUUCUCAUGCAACCAGGUGUGUUUUAAAAGUUGAAAUGCAUUUUUUAUUUUUUAAGAAAUGUAAAGUUUUCUGUCACAUGAUAUGGGAUCUUCUCAGUGCCUUGAGCUAUUUUUCGUUUUGCAUACAGCUCCUGAUUGUUUAAAAGCACGUCUCUCUUAAUAAAAACGCCUGGUUCAGCAUUCCUCCUCAACACUAAAUCAUAAAAUCCACAUAUCUUGGUGUCGUCUUACUGAUAAGUAAUCUUAAGCAACAUACGAUGGUGUAUUUAUGUGUGUCUUUUUUUAUUCAGAAUGAAAUAAAAGUUUAGAUGUGUAAUUUUUUGUAUUUUUAUGAGUGAACUGGCUGGCUGUAAUCCUAAGUGCAUUAAAGAGUGUAGCCAUUACACCAAUAAAUCAGGAUCACUGAUUGCAAA